CUCAAUUGGAGAAUUUAAUUAUACACGCAGGAUGUUUUUUUUAAAAUUAAGUUAAGUACCUAAACGUAAACCGUUCUACAUCUAUCGAUUUGUGUAAAGACGAUAACAUUUUGCUAGAAAUACUAAUGCAUGCGAUCAAAGAAUCGGUGCAGUGACCUAAAUGAAGUGAUGCACAGGGUAUACUUAUUCUAACUUUUUUCCCUCGUAAUUAUUUCGUCAAACUACCGGAUAUUUAAUCAACUCCCCCUGGAUUAUGUGGAGUUUAUUUUCUACCAAUCACUCGAGGUUACUGGGGCAGGCUGGAUAUAUAGAUAGCACUCCUGUAUUUUUCCCAACACAUAUUGAUAGUGGAGAAUUUGUUUACAAACAUUUGAACGUGAAAUUUGGACAAUGAACAACAAACAAUGCAGUUGCAGCUCCGUCAGCGCUCUUGUGCCGCCGUCACCAUGUCCCAGCGAAUGUCCGGAUAUUCAAUUUACACUGACAACUUCCGACAGCGAGAGCUCCAUCAAAAGAUGUCGAAACUCUGUUUCAACAAGUUCCGAGAAGAGUUACUUUUCUUCGGGAAGUCUCAGUACUCAUCAUACACUAUACAGAACAGUUACUUUGUUACUGUUGGUGAUCUGCAUCGCUCUGUCAGCCUCUGUCAUCUCUUUGUUCCUUUUGAUAUCUGAUUUAAGAAACAAAAUUGACGAUGAUACAAGACACCAAAAUGAACAUAAGAAAUUCUGUGUGCCCUGCGCAGACUUGAAGUUCGGACCAUUUCCAGAAGACAAUGGUCAUCUUUCCAUGUUGACAAGAAAGAUUGUUAAUGGAAUUGAGAUCUGCUGUGGAAAUUCACCGAACCAAACGUCGACCAUAUUGGGCUCGGUGUUUGAGAAAAAGAUGAAUAUCACACAGACAAAAGCUAUGAUCAAAGGUCAGGAAAGUUUGCGAUUACACAGCAAUGCGACACAGGAGAGCCGCGCCGAUGUUGCCGCGCACCUACUGAUUGGUCCUCAAUACCCAGCAUUGGUUUCAGAGCCUGGCCAAGCAGCGGUGCGAAACUGGCUAACAGCUGACCCAAUAGCACACGUUAAAGGCGUGCAAUUAAGGAACGACCGUAUUCGUGUCAACAAUUCAGGCCUCUACUAUUUAUACAGCCAGGUUUACUUUCUGUCUCAAUAUUUAAGCGGAGUAAGUUUAAGUGCUACAACACUGUAUCACUACGUGUAUAGGUACAAUGUAAUUUAUCCUAACGGUGGUGAGGAACUACUUCUCAAAAGCGUAAGAACACAGUGCUGGGAGCGCACUAAAGACUAUGACGACUACACAAGUUUUACUGCCGGUGUUUUUCGAUUGAAUGUUGGUGAUGAAAUAUAUGUCAAAGUUUCAAAUAUCAGUCAGGUUUCUCCAGACCCCAAAGCAACUUUUUUUGGUAUGUUUAAGUUAGGGUGAUGUUAGAUACACCAUUGCCUCAGAGGGCAUUGCGAAUGUAACAUGGCGAUGUGUUCAUUGGCUUGUGUACUUAAACAUGAUAUAUCUGUGUUGCAGAAAUUCAGGAGUCAAAAACUGCACCAGUUUUGUACGUAGACUUCAAUGCAAUUUUAUCACCGGUGAAAUGAAUUUUUGAAUAUUCAUUAGUUUCAAAUUUAUGACAUGUUGUUCAAAUCAAAGAAUGUAUAUUUUAACAGCUUAUUUAUUUUAUAUAUUGAAGUACGUCCAGUGUGUAGACGUGCCGGUUUGUUUACAUAUUAUAAUUAGAUAUAUACGCGCAUUAAGGUUAAAUAACCGUCCAAUGUUUGAUAGUGAUAAAUGAAUGAUUCCCCGUGCAUUGUUUACAUGUCAGUUGUGACAUUUCUAUGUAUAUACAUAUAUUUAUAUUUGCAAUUGUUUUCAUGUGAAUAUCACAUGUCAAAUAAAUGUUUACUUAUGCUAUGUGUCUGUAUAGAAUACUGAAGAUGAACACAGCCCCAACGCCAUUCAUAAUCUCCAACAGAAGUAUUUGAUGGAAGAUAUUUUUUGCUCAAGUAUCAAAGUCUUAACUUGAAGGCAUAGACACCUUGUUCUACAAACCCCGUGACACAUUCAUUGUUUUUAACUGUAAUCUAUCCGUCAAAACAUAAUAUACAAAACUGUAUUUACACACCAUACAGUGUAUGUGUCGAUAUAUAGAAAUAAAGAACGAUAAUCUG